AUGAGGAAAAAUGCCACAUUCAGCAAGUAUCCAACAGACUUACAGCAAAUUCUAUCAGAAGUAGAUCAGAUGCCAACUGCAUACAAUAUCAACAAAAGUGAAGACAAGCUGACUAUCACAAUUGUCUGGAAAAAUGACCCAAGAGACCAGCAAUUGCAGAAUGUCAAUACAGUUCCCCAAAUCUGCAGCAUCAAAAAGAAGAAGUCACCAUCACGCCUGAGAAGAGAUCAAGAAAGAAUGAAGAAAUGGCAGAGCAAAAAGAAGACUAGUCAUCAGAAACAGGCAGUCCAAGCUAAUACAUGUGAGUUACAAAUGGGUUGCAAUGCCUUGAUAGAUAAUGCACCAGAGAGCGUGCAAGCACCAGAAGACGUGCCAGAAGAAACACUAUUUCCUUUUCAUGAGUGUGACUCUGUAACUGAUGAACUAGACGCUUCAGCUGCUGUAAAGACAGAAUUGAAGAAUCUCAGAGCAAAAUUAAAGGAACUAGAAAUUGUAAGAAAAGAGCUUGAUGCGACAAAGGAACAAGUAAGCAAAUCAAACAACAUUAGAAAAGAACUAGAUGAAAAAAAUGCUGAAAUAAGAAGAAAUUCUGAGACUAUUAAAGGUUUAAAGGCCACUUUGAACCUCCUUUUCCAGACAGCACUUCACUACUUCACAGCACUAAAUGCAGUACAAUACAAGAGGAAGACUGCACUAUUGGAUCCUUUUCUUGGGAUGCUGCAUGCUUAUAGAGCAUUCUUUCACAUGGGGCAGGAUAGGUUCAGUAAAGAGGACAUCGAUGAUUUUGUAUCGAAUAUUUCUGCUAGUGUACAAGGAGUUCAUAAAGAAUUAGCCCUAGAAACCCAGAAGACUAUAGAACAGAUGGACAAGCUGGAGAUAGAGACUAGUCCUCGUUACCAUGUGGAGGUUCCUGCUGGUGAAGACUCCAGACCUGUGAACACAAUGCUGGGCCAGAAGUCUGGCUAUCUCUGCCUGAGGAGUAAGCAGAAUAUGUUGGCUUCUUCCAAAUGGGAUGCACAUUAUUUUUUCACACAAGGAGGUAAUUUGAUGUCCCAAAAUAGAAAUGAGCUUGCAGGCAGUCUGGUGUGUGACUUAAAUGAGGAGGGACUACAUGUGGAGUCUACUGAAUCUGAUGACAGAAGAUAUGUGUUUCAAGUUGUAGCACCAGCUAGCAAAAAGACAAUAAUUCUUCAAGCAGAGAAUGAAGUGGAAAAAGAAGAGUGGAUACAGACCAUAAAGAAUAUUGCUAAGGAAGGUGGAUAUGUGAAAGAAAGGGAUCCUUCUGAAACCAAUAAAAAGGUAGGCAAGACAGUUCAAGUAUGUACUAUAUCCCCUUUUUAA